AUGUACGCCGCUGCCCGUCUCUGGCGGUCGCCCGUCACGAACCGCAUGGGCCGCACCGUCGGGGUGUACGACCGCCGCGGCCGCUUCAGCACCGACGAGGCCGCCGCCGCCCUGCAGUUGGACGCCGCCUACACCGCCGCCCUCUACCGCCCCCUCCACUACACCUUCGCCGUCGGCGGCCAACACUACCCGGCGGAACAGGGGCGGGUGAGUCGGCCGGGGAGCAGGAGUUGCGCGAGGGGGCAGAUGUUUCCACUCUACCGCAGGAAUAGACGGCUGCAGGCACAGUUGAUGGAGUUGGAUAGGCGGACCAUCACAACAGAGUAA